AUGGCCGAACUAGAUCACCGCAUGGGCUCUAUUAAGCCCAGACUGCGAUAUAAUACGAUUGGAGGUAUCAACGGACCUCUGGUCAUCUUGGACAAUGUCACAUUCCCCAGAUACAACGAGAUUGUCAGUUUGACGCUACCUGAUGGGUCGGAACGAUCUGGUCAAGUUCUUGAGGCGAGAGGAAACAGAGCGGUCGUCCAGGUCUUCGAGGGAACAACCGGCAUCGAUGUGAAGAAGACAACAGUCGAGUUCACAGGACACAGCUUGAAGAUUGGUGUUUCCGAGGACAUGCUGGGCCGUGUCUUCGAUGGGUCCGGGAGAGCUAUAGACAAGGGCCCCAAGGUGCUGGCAGAAGAUUACCUGGACAUCAACGGAAGUCCCAUCAACCCAUAUUCCAGAGUUUACCCCGAGGAAAUGAUUUCGACAGGUAUCUCUGCGAUCGAUUGCAUGAACUCAGUGGCUAGAGGACAAAAGAUCCCUAUCUUCUCCGCGGCCGGUCUUCCUCACAACGAAAUUGCUGCCCAGAUCUGUCGGCAAGCCGGUUUGGUCCAUCAACCUACCAAGGGUGUCCACGACGGGCAUGAGGAGAACUUCAGCAUCGUCUUCGCCGCCAUGGGUGUGAACAUGGAAACAGCUCGAUUCUUCACCCGUGAUUUCGAGGAGAACGGCUCCAUGGAACGAGUGACACUUUUCUUGAACUUGGCCAACGAUCCCACCAUCGAGCGUAUCAUCACCCCUCGCCUGGCCUUGACCACAGCAGAGUACUAUGCCUAUCAACUCGAAAAGCACGUCCUGGUCAUUCUGACCGACUUGUCAGCGUACUGCGAUGCGCUUCGAGAAGUCUCUGCGGCUCGAGAAGAAGUGCCGGGUCGACGUGGUUAUCCCGGUUAUAUGUAUACCGAUUUGGCCACCAUCUACGAGCGAGCCGGUCGUGUCGAGGGCAGAAACGGGUCCAUUACUCAGAUUCCCAUCUUGACCAUGCCGAACGACGAUAUUACACAUCCCAUUCCUGAUCUGACCGGAUACAUUACGGAAGGACAGAUCUACGUUGACCGUCAAUUGCACAACAAGGGUCUAUACCCCCCCAUCAACGUCUUACCAUCCCUUUCUCGACUAAUGAAAUCCGCCAUUGGUGAGGGCUUGACCAGAAAGGAUCAUGGCGAUGUGUCAAAUCAACUGUAUGCCAAAUACGCCAUCGGGCGUGACGCUGCUGCGAUGAAGGCCGUGGUGGGUGAGGAGGCGCUGAGCUCGGAAGACAAAUUGUCACUCGAGUUCUUGGAGAAGUUCGAGAAGCAGUUCAUCUCACAGAGUCCGUAUGACAAGCGAAGCGUCUUCGACAGUCUGGACCUUGGAUGGAACUUGCUGCGCAUCUUCCCCAAAGAACUGCUCAACCGUGUCAACCCUAAGAUCCUCGAUGAAUUCUACGCCAGAAAGGGCCACAGCAAGAAGGACAAGGGUAACAAAGACACCAGGGACAAUGCAGAUGGUGGAAAGCAGGUGAACGGCGAGGCUAAUCUGUUGGACGAUUGA